GCUGGACUGAGAGAAUUCCCUGAGCUGAUUUCAGGUGCCACAGGCACUGGGGAUAUCACCACGAAGGUCACGACGGAGCUAGGGGCCAGCAUGAUGGCAGACGAAGCCUUAGCUGGGCUGGAUGAGGGAGCCCUCCGGAAACUGGUAGAGGUCACAGCAGAUCUGGCAGAGCGGCGGCGCAUCCGUUCAGCCAUCCGGGAGCUGCAGUGGCAGGAGCUGGAGCGCAAGGAGGAAGCCCUGGCAUCAAAGCGCUUCGGUGCUGAGCAACAGGACAACAAGGAAAACUGGCUGCACUCUCAGCAUCGGGAAGCUGAACAGCGGGCUGCGCUAGCACAGCUGGCAGGGCAGCUGGAGUCCAUGAAUGAUGUGGAGGAGCUAACCACGCUGCUGAGAAGCGCCGGUGAGUAUGAGGAGCGCAAGCUGAUCCAAGCCGCCAUCUGCCGUGUACGGGCUCAGGAGAUUGAGGCUGCCACUGUAGCUGGAAGGUUGUGCAGUGGGCGUCCCAACGGUAGCUCCAGAGUAGACAGCAAGAGACAGGCAGCACACAGGCUGGAACCACGUGAGGUGCCAGAGCACAAGGAAGAAGAACAGCAAGCAGAAGUUUCAGAGCCAACCCCAACCCCCAAGGUUACCAGCCAGGAUGUGACUAUGGUGACACUCUUGCUAAGGGCCCCACCUGGGAACACACCUAGCUCAACUGCCUCACCUGACAAUUCACCCACCACUGCUUCUCCUGAACCUCCACUGGAACCAUCUGGAGUUCUGUGUGCUGCUGCUGAGGCUCCAGGCAACCCUGAACCACCUUCCAGCACCCCCAGGACUCCUAAUCUCCCAGAGUCCCUGACCCAACCCAUCAUGGAAGGUCAGGUGGCUAACAAGCUACUGCCUGGCUCCACAGAGCCUCUUGCUGCCCAGUCCCCCACCAGAGGCCCCUCCAACAAAAACAGAACAGACCUGGCUGGACCCCAACCCCGUCAGCGUUCUCUGUCUGUGCUCAGCCCCCGACAGCCAGCCCAGAAUCAAGAGUCCACCCCUCUUGGCAGCAGCCCUUCCCCGUUCCAUUGGGCUGGCUCGGUGUGGGAUCGUGUCCGCAAGUUCGCAUCAGAUUCUCCUAUGGCUGCCAGGGUUCAGGAUGGCCCAACCCGAGCAACCCUUGGUUCCCUGACACCCACAAGACUUCUGGGCCCCUCCUUCAUCAGCACCACCCCUGCCUCCUCUUCCAGGAGCUCCUCCUCCCGGGGGCCCAGUGACACCUCCUCCAAGUUCAACAAGGAGCAAAGAGGAAUAACUCAGCCCCUGGCCCAGCUUCAGAGCUGCCCCCAAGAGGAGGGCCCCAGAGGGCGGGGCUUGGCUGCCAGGUCCCUUGAAAACAGAGCGGGGAGCCUCGCCUGCUCAGAGGAACCCAGUGCCCCGCUGCCUGUGGCUGUCGGCACUACUGAGCCAGGGGGCAGUAUGAAGACCACAUUCACCAUCGAGAUCAAGGAUGGCCGUGGCCAGGCAUCCCCAGGCCGGGUGCUACUACCCACAGGCAACCAGAGGGCAGAGCUGACACUGAGGCUGCGGACACCCCCCACCCUCCUCAGCACCAGCAGUGGGAACAAGAACACCAUCACCCAUGCCAGCAGCCCUGGGACCCUCACCCGGAUGGGCAGUGUCACUCGCGUCACCACCUUCAGCCAUGCCUCCCCUGGUAGCCGAGGAGGCUGCAGCCUUAAGAUGGAGCCAGAGCCCACGGAGCCUCCCUCCACAGCGCUGAAAGCCACUAAUGGUGCAGAGCAGACCCAGGCAGACAAAGCACCACAGGGGCAGAGCCCACUGAGCACUGAGGAGUUGAUGGCCAUUGAGGAUGAGGGAGUCUUGGACAAGAUGCUGGAUCAGAGUACAGACUUUGAGGAGUGGAAGCGCAUCCGGGCUGCACUGUGUGAGCUCAGACAAAGGAAGAGAGACCAGAGGGACAAGGAACGGGACGCAGGACGACUGCAGGAGGCCCGAGCCUGGCCUGAGGAGAGGCGAGGCAACACAUGCACCGAGACCACCACGAGGCAUAGCCAAAGGACGGCUGAUGGCUCCACUGUCAGCACUAUUACCAAGACUGAGCGGCUCGUCCAGUCCAAUGAUGGUACACGGACAGCCCGCACCACUACCGUGGAGUCAAGUUUUGUGAGGCGCUCGGAGAAUGGCAGUGGCAGCACUACAGUACAAACCAAGACCUUCUCCUCUUCCUCUUCUUCAUCUAAGAAAACGGGCAGCAUCUUUGACCGAGAGGACCAGGCCAGCCCAAGGGCUGAGAGCCUGGCAGCUCCUGAAAAACGCCAGGCCGAGAAAAAGAAAGAACUGAUGAAGGCACAGAGUCUGCCCAAGACCUCAGCAUCCCAGGCAUGCAAGGCCAUGAUUGAGAAGCUGGAGAAAGAGGGUGCCUAGCAUGUGGACAUCCAGAACUUCUCCUCCAGCUGGAGUGAUGGGAUGGCUUUCUGUGCCCUGGUACACAACUUCUUCCCCGAAGCCUUUGACUAUGGGCAGCUUAGCCCACAGAACCGGCGCCAGAACUUUGAAGUGGCCUUCUCAUCUGCUGAGAUGUUGGUGGACUGCGUGCCCCUGGUGGAGGUGGAGGACAUGAUCAUGGGCAAGAAGCCCGACCCCAAGUGCGUCUUCACCUAUGUGCAGUCGCUGUACAACCACCUGCGGCGCCACGAACUGCACCUGCGCGGCAAGAAUGUCUAGCCUUCCCCCACAGAUGGCCCGCAGCAGGGUACCACCCCCA